AUGCCGCCCUCGCCCCCCGCUGUCCGGCUGCCCGCGCGCCCCCAACCUCCUCCCCUCCGCACUUGUAGAGAUUGGUGCUCAAUUAACAUCCGACUGAUCAAGUGUUUCUUUGGUUUUCUUUUCAUUCCAUUCGACUGCUCGUUGUGUCUUCAUUUGAAGAAUCAUUGUAACUGCUGUGGCCUGUGGAUAAUAAUGAUCAAUGAGGUGCAAUGGCUUUGCCUUGAGAUUUACCGUGAGUGUCCACCAAAGGCUCCUCAAAGGGAAAUGCCCAAAGGGGAUGCAAGGUUUCCAGCUAAUACCGCAGGCGGGUUAGCUCAUACAAGUUACCUGAAGAAAGGCUCCUCCCUCUCUGUUAAUCGUGCUUCUGAUAUCAUACAAUCACCGGAUGGCACCUUCUCGUUUGGUUUCUACAAUCUUUCCUCUACUGUCUUCACCAUAUGCAUCUGGUUUACCACUUCAGCUGAUAGAACCAUUGCUUGGAGUGCAAAUCGCAACCACCCUGUCUAUGGGAGUGGAUCAGAGGUCAGGCUGAACAAGGAUGGUACCAUGGUUUUAACGGAUUAUGAUGGCACAGUUGUGUGGCAAACCAACACAAGCUCCAAAGGAGCUGAUUAUGCUGAGCUCAUGGAUUCUGAGAACCUUGUCAUGAAGAAUCAAGGUGGCAACAUCCUCUGGCAAAGCUUUGACCAUCCAACUGACACGCUGCUGCCGACACAACCAGUGACAGCCUCCACAAAGCUGGUAUCGACAGAUCCCUCACACCCUUCAAGCUACUAUACUUUGCGCUUCGACGACCGUUACAUUCUUUCACUUGCUUAUGAUGGACCAGAUAUUUCUAAUCUUUAUUGGUCUAACCCAGACUUUAGUAGCUGGCUGAAUUACAGGAUUAGUUACAAUGGCAGUAGGAGAGGUGUUCUUGAUAACCUGGGGCAGUUUACAGCAAGUGACAACACAAGCUUUGUUUCAGCAGAUUGGGGUCCAGGUAUCAAGAGGAGAUUAACACUGGAUUACGAUGGCGAUCUGAGGCUUUAUAGCUUGAAUGACAGCGACGGGAGCUGGUCUGUUUCUUGGAUGGCUUUCUCAGCCUUGUGA